AUGCACUGUGACGUAGAAACAUCAACCAAAAGAUUCGCAUUUGGGAAAAGUUUGUGAGUUUAGAGCCUUUCAACAAGACGUUUAAGAUGUCAUCUCCGUCGGAUUCCUCUUCCUGCACAUCUGAAAGUGAUCUAAAAGUUUUACAGUUGACGAAGAGAUGGGGGAAUUGUCUGAAUUUGCGCCGUACGACGACAGUUGCGAACCCCUUGCUACCGAGGAAGAAGCCGCGGACUACAACGAAAGAGUUCAUCGCGAAGAAGAAGAGGAACAACAGUUUCAACGAAGAUAUUCGGGAGAGGUGCCAGCGAAUGAAUGGUAUGGUAUUAUCAUGGAAUGUAGAUUUAUAUUUUUAUUUUCCAAUUUCAACAUACCCGUCGUUGACGUCGUUAAAUCGUGCGCGUGACGAAAGCGACUGUGUGUUUUGUUUAAGUUUACAAUUUCGUUGCUAUGUGAUUAGCUGUAGUCCUGACUUUAUGCGAUAGUUUUAUUGAAGAGGUCAGACAAUUAAUAAUUUUAUACAGACGUAUUUUUCUUGUGUUUGACGAAUUUUUUACAUUAUUUUGCAGGUGUUCGUGCUCGAACUGCUCUGUCAGCCUUGUUACAAAAGCGCAGGAGUGCAUUUGCUGCAAAGAGAUCGAUCGCUGCGAAGAGGUCAUGGAAGAAGCCAUUGGAGACCGGACCGUAUGCAUAACCCUCCAUCCAGGGUUUGAAAGCGUCCGCUUAAACCGCCACGUAUUAGAAGUGGCUGCACUGGGCCUAAAAACGCGAGCUGGAAAGUCGUACACAACUGUUCGUGGGCAAAGCAACAAAAGUGAUAAUGAGUAAGUUGGGGUAUUGUUGACUUUGUAUCGGAACGAUCGAACCUUACAUAGCAUUGAAUAAUUGAUACAUCUAACCUUAUCGCCGUGGACUGAUCUCAUAGAAUCACAUUUUUUAUUUUCUAAAUGGCUUUAUUGCCCCAACUGCUUAUUUUUAAAAGGAGUAUUUAUUUAUCUCCAUCCAAUCCCUCCUUGAAUUAACAGUGAUCUCAUUUCUAUAACUAGAUUCCUGAGGUCUGUGACCUAUCGCCAAUUUACAAGACUGCUGUGGAGUUAUAUUGGUGGUUCCAGGCGAUACCCCUUGCCCUGUUGUGCCUACAAUAAAAUCAGGAAACAAUUUCCAAGUCAAAAUGGCCAUUAUCGUGGAUUCGAAGAUGAAGAAAAUGAAUAA